UAGAAUAUUCUCUGUAUGGUGUCCAUUGCACACAGGUCUGUACAGAUCCUAAGAGACAAGCAAGAACUUGCUGAAACACAGAAAGAACUUGCCAAGCUUAAGCUUGCACAAAAAGAAUCCUCUUCUGUGAGCCACUCCCAGCAGAACGAGGACAGGGCUACACCACCAGCUUCUGAUCCCAAAAGGACUGAUAACACACCAGACAUGCAAUUAGCUCUUGCCCUACCCCAUCAAGUUGCCCCACAGCCACCACUUCCGACCAGACCUGUGGAGCAACAGCAGCCUAUGCCACCACCUCCACCACAGAGUGUGAGCCAAUCACAGGCAUAUUAUUUACCUUCAGCCCAGAUUCAAAAUCCACCGGGUCCAGCCCAGCUAUCUCAGACUCAAUAUCUACCAUCCGAUUCUCCAUAUCGAACUCCCCAAAUGCAGGACAUGUCAAGGGUAGCACCGCAGCCAGCACAAACUCAAGUGAAUCAGGCACCACAGGUGCACCAGUUACCUCAGUAUCAGCAGCAGUGGGCCCAGCAGGUGACACCACCACCACAGUCAUCUAUGCAACAACCCCAGAUUAGGCCCAUGUCAACAACAUACCCUCCUUACCUACCAAGUCAACCUGCAAACCCGUCCCCACCAGAGACGCUCCCAAACAGCAUGCCAAUGCAAGUGUCCUAUUUAGGAAGCCAUGUCGAACCAAUGCCUUACGGAUACGGUGGGCCCGGUAGAACAGUUCAGCAGCAGCAACAGCAGCCUCCACCUCAGCAGCUCAAGAGCAGUUUUGGAGUACAGCCCAACGAUGGAUACACGACUUCUGGACCCCACCCUACCCUCUCUCCGGGGAAUGCUUAUAUGAUGUAUGAAGGAGAAGCUGGAAGGGCACAUCCUCCUCCCCCUUCUCAACAACCCCCUCAUUUUCCUCAAGGCAGUGGCUAUCCUCCGACAAGUGUUCCACUUCAGGGUCCACAGCCGAAUGCUGGCCCUAAUCUUAUGGGCCGUCCACCUCAAUUCAUGCGCAACCAUCCCUACAAUGAACUGAUUGAUAAAUUGGUGAGCAUGGGUUACAGGGGUGAUCAUGUGGCCAGCAUGCACCGGGUGUGCCACUUAACUGGGGGAAAAAUCUCUUCAUGUGCCCUGCCUACCCACACUAAGAACAAGUGA